GGCUCGUCGCGGCUGGGCCCGCCCUACAGCGCGGCGCUGAUCGUGCUCUGCUACCUGCUGCCCUUCGCCCUCAUGUGCUUCUGCCACUACAACAUCUGCCGCGCCGUGCGCCUCUCCGAGAGCCGGGUGCGGCCGCUCACCACCUACGGCCACCUGCUGCGCUGCUACGGGGAGAUGCGCACCGCCACCACCGUGCUCAUCAUGAUCGUCUCCAUCAUCUGCUGCUGGGGGCCCUACUGCGUCCUGGGGCUGGCGGCUGCCGCCGGCCCCCUGCCCUUCUCACCCACCGUGGACGCCGUGGCCAGCUGGAUGGCCUGGGCCAACGGUGCCAUCAACCCGCUCAUCUACGCCGCCCGCAACCCCAACAUCGCCAUGCUACUGGGCCGCAGCCGCGAGGGCGGCUACCGGACUAGGAACAACGUGGCCGCUUACUUGGCCGCCCGGGGCCAGUGCCUGGAGGCCCGCGGCCCAGCUGAGCCAGGCCGGGAGCGCCAUGCCCAGCAGCGGCCCGGGGGCCACGCCGCCAGCGCCCUCUCCUCCUCCAGCCCGGCCAGCGGCGGCGAGGUGGCCAUGUGGGCCUGCAAGAACCCGGCCGUGCUCUUCUGCCGCGACGCGCAGCCCGACACGGCCUCCCAGGCUGCCCUGCCGCCCAAAUCCGACACCGCUGAUACCAGCCUCUGAAGCGGGGCCUGCUGGGAAAGUUGCCUGACCGCCGGCUGCCUCGGGCUGUGGAACAGUUGCCCACGGGAACGACUGGGAGACCCAUCGCUUGGGCCCUUUGAAACUAGGCUGAGCAAAGCGCCAGUCACUGGGGAGCAAUGUGCAGUAGCCCGGGGGCUGCACUGGAUGAGCUAGUGAGGCUGUUCCGGUGCUCCAGUUCUUAAUGCCAGCGUGGGAGACAAAGGAAGCACCCAGAGGCAGGUGCGCUGGCUCUCCCCAUUUCAAAAGGGGAUAAAAAAUGCCAGGGAGAGCAGCUGAAAUGAGCCCAGCACACAGCUGAUGAGAGAAAGGGUGGCAGUAAUCACCCUGUGAGCUCAUCUCAGUUUGGCAAAAAAAGUGCCAGUAGGAGGUUACCACCACCACCACAAGCUGCCUGACCGUUGGAAAGUGUUAAGUGCCAAAAAAAAAAAAAGGGACUGAAAGCUGAGUAUUGCCAGCUCAAAGACACUCAAAACAUAUCACACUGUGAAAACUGCAGCUUUGAAAGAGACAGUUGCUUUAAGGCAUUAUAUGUAGAAAUACACCAAGUCUCAGACUAGGACAGACUGAAAAUCUGACAUCACUAAGAGCACCUUGAGGUUCAGUUUUAAGUCCCACACGUAAGAAAAAUCCCAUUCAGAGCUCUGCAGAUUUAAAGAAAAUGUACAAGGUUGGGGGGACAAGAAUGAAACUUGAAGCCUCAUGAAAUUUGUGAUAGUUUCCUUUCAGUACAUACAUUAUGUGAGAAGUAUUUCAAAUGUGGAACACUCCCAGAAAUGGGAGCUCAGUACUGUAUUCUGAUCCAGACAAAAUUGAAAAGAUAAAAUAUGUGUUUGGAAUAGAUGUGGCAUCAUUCUGUUUGUAGACUUGUGAAUUUCCUCCUUGAGAUGGAUAAAAAUGUCCAAUUUCAUCUAACAGUCUUUGAACAUAUUUAUAUGAGCCACUAGAGCAGGGAUGAGCAAACUAUGGCCUGGGGGCCGCAUCUGGCCCUGCAGACAUUUUAUUCCGGCCCUGAAGCUCCUGCCAGGGAGCAGGGUUUCCGGCUUGGCCGGCUCUAUGCAUGCCGUGGCUCCGUGGGGGUUCUGGAAUCAGCAGCAUGUCCCCCCUCCGUCUCCUACGCAUAGGGACAGCCAGAAAGCGCUGCCCGCGAAGCUCCCAUUGGUCACAGUUGCAUGCGGAUGUGGCAGUGUACAGAGGCGCCUGUCUGCACCUCUGUGUAGGAGCAGGAGGGGAGACACGCCGCUGCUUCCGGGAGCUGCUUGAGGUAAG